AUGGCUAGUAGGAGGCAGAGCAAGAAUGUGUUAGAUUCUGUUGUUGUGGAUGGGGUAAGUCUUGGGAAACCGAGAAUGGUAAGACAAGUGGUGUUUAAGCAUUUUAAGGAUUUGUAUUUCGAGGCGUGGAGAGGUAAACCAAAAUUGGAGGGGCCUUUUACCACUAUUGGUAGGGGUGGGGCUUCAAACGAGUUAGUAGCUGAGUUCACAGCGCAAGAGGUAUGGGCUGCUGUGACGGAAUGUGACGGUAACAAAGCUCCAGGGCCAGACGGGUUCAAUCUUGCGUGUAUUCAGAAAAAUUGGAAAGUCAUGAAAGAUGAGGUUAUGCAAUUCAUGCAGGAGUUCUAUGCAAAUGGGAAAUUGGCCAAAGGUUUAAACAGUUCAUUCAUUACUCUUGUAUCUAAGAAGGAAAAUGUUGUGGAGUUGGUGGACUUUAGGCCGAUCAGUCUAGUGAAUUCAAUCUACAAAAUUCUGGCCAACGUUUUAUCUAGGAGGCUGAAAAAGGUGAUCCCUACAAUGAUUAAUAAGGCUCUGACAACAUUUAUAGGGGGUUGA